UCUCUUCCCCUUCCUUUGUCCCUUUCAUCCGUCAUUCCAUCCCUCAUUCCAUCUUUCUUUCAAGGAUAAAAUUGAUUUCGUCGCGUCAUAAUCGAAACUGAACAUUUCUGUAAAUUUUCCCUCUCUCUCUCUCUCUCUCUCUCUCUCUCUCUCUUUCUCUUUCUUCUGGGUAAACUAAUAUGUAUACGAUUACAUCGCGUCGUUCGCGCGAAAGCCUCAAGGGGGAUCAAUAAAUUGAACGAUCGAGGUCAUAACACAAUGCGGGCAAUCGGGAUCGGUAAUUUUUUCACAGACAACGGUUGGCAGUACUUCCGUUGGCUAUCCGUUCAUUUCGCGUUCUCUUUUUUUGUACAAGAAUAUACCGAGCGGCUCUCGACUUUGACCGCCAUUUCGCAUCUCUCUUUUCUUCGUCGCAAGAAUCGUUACUUUUUUUUCCUCUCCUUUGUUUUCGAUUUAUUUCGCCAAAACGGCGCAGUUACACAAGAUGGUUUCAUCUAACCAGCCGCGGAAAACAAAAAUAUUUGUGGGCCGAUUGCCAGAAAAUUGUCGCAACGAUGAAUUGCGACAAUUAUUCUUGCGCUUUGGUGAGGUGACAGAAUGUGAUGUCAUGAAUCGAUAUGGUUUCGUCCACAUGGCACGGGAAGAGGAUGCAGCUGCGGCAAUUAAAGCACUUCAUAAUUCCAACUUCAAAGGAGCGACGAUCAACGUGGAACAGUCAACCGGGAAGUCACGUGGAGGUGGAGGAGGACGCCGAGAUGACCGAAGAGGUGGACCAAUGAGAGGUGGUAGGGGAGGACGAGACGGUGGUAGAGACGCUCGUCCUGGACCAUACAAUGAUAGAAGAGUUCUUCCGAUCCAACUCGUUGGUUACGAUGGAUCUGCUGCAGGUGGCGUCGCAACCGGGUACACCGAUUACAAUCGUGGAGCUGGCGACUUUAGCGGCCGUGGGGCGGACUUUGGUACCGGCUAUGCUGACCGCGGGGCUUACGGUCAGAACGUGGGUGGCGCAGCGAUGGGUUACACCUCGACGGCGCCGGGAAUGGGUGGUGGAUAUGGACCAGCUGCUGGUGCUGUGGGAGGAUACGGACCGACUGGUGCGGCGGAUUAUGGACGAACGGCUGAUUACGGUCGCGCUGACUUCGGUGCUAGAACAGAUUAUGUAGUUGGUGGUGGUAUGGCCGGAGAUUUCAAUCGUGGUGCACCUGGUCCAGUAGAUUAUGGUCGUACCGAUAAUUUUGGUGCCAGUCGCACGGUCGAUUAUACAGCUAGAAAUGAUUAUGAUCGAAGUGCGACUGGACCAAUGAGAAACGGUGGUGGUGCUGUUGCCACUACUGGAUAUGGAACUGGGUACACGGAUGUGGGAUAUGAUGAAAGUCACUGGCCCAUGAGUACUGGACCUAGCUACAGCACUGGAGCACCUAGUUACAGCACUGGUCCAGGACCACAAGCUGAUAUGUUUAGUAGAAGACCUGGCAGUGCCGUACCCAGUGGUGGAUAUCCACCAGUAGCUGGCGGUUAUGCCGAGGGAUAUGACAGACCAGAUGCAUAUGGUCCUCCACGUGGUGGCGGACGCUUCCCAGGUCCGGCAGACGCGAUGCCACCGAGGUACUAAAAGUAUACUAAAGCAAACAUGCUAGCGCAUGCGAAAGGCAACUGUAUAAAAAAAAAAAAUCAUAAAAAAAUCAUCGCCUUUAAAGCAGCGAUCAUUCGCUUAUGGACUCGAUUAUCUAGGAACUGCCCUCUGCGUUCGACAUUGAGUCCAUAUGAUUAUAAUGAAAAACUUAUAUCUAACUUGUAAUGUUUAAUUCUAUCAUAAGAUGUGGUAAGGAUAAUCUACUUAUCAGUAGAUGAUAUAAAUUUGGUCGAAAUUGAAAAAUUUAUUAUUAAUUAAUAAUAAUAAAAUUUAUAUAUCUCUUAUGUUAGUCUAUUGUGUGUUUGAAAAGAAUUUUCAGCAUAUUAUUCAUGUAGAUUGUUUUUUUUUUUUUCUUAUUGUCUUUUUCUAUGAAUAAAUAAAAUUCAAUGUGUUAUCUAAUGUGGGUUGAAUAUUUCCCUUAACUUAAUUUUUUGAAUGCCCACAUUGUAGCAUAGAUAAUUUUACUACACUUAAAAGCUUUGAUUCUCUACAAAAGGUGACUUAUACAAUUGAUAAUGAUGCUGUACAAUCUUUUUUUAACACUUAAAAGAACACAAAUAUAAUAUUUCAAAUGUUCAUUCAUAAAAAGCAGAAAAACUUACAUAUAUAACAGUUAUCAUACAUUUAAUGUAUCUUUAUAUAAAAAAAAUAAAGUGCAAAUGAAUGUAA